AUGGAUGGUUGUGGUAAGUCAAGAAAGCCUAUCCGGACACAUGGUUUAGUUACCUAGCGUUGUUUUUACAAGUCCUAUUGGUUUUAUCUUUGCUAUUUAUUUAUUGAAAAGCGUUUCUAUAAACCAUAACGUCAUACGUGGCUCCUUGGCGAGUGUGGCUCCUUGUGGCGCCAGGCAGCUGUGGAGGGGGGCUUGCUUGCUCUGUUUUAGAAGCGGCUUGAAAUGGAGUGAGCCACUUUGAAGGCGCACUCCCAGUGCCAAUCAGCUGACUGGCAAAAGGGGCUUGCUCCAUUUUCACGAAUCAGUUUGCAUUCAAAGCUCCGUUUUCAGAAGUUGUUCAUGCAAACAAAGCAAGCCUCUUCAAAAGGGUGCCUUCAAAGUUGCCUGCUCUGUUUUAGAGCAUUUCUUAAAAUGGAGCUCUGUUUUAGGAAGUGGUUAGAAACAGAGCCUUGAAAGCACACUCCCGGUACCAAUCAGCUGAUUUUCAUUGGGAGCCCACCUUCAGAGGAGGCCACUGUAACAACCCACCAGCUGUUUAGCAGUCAUAACAUCCCCAGGUGUCCAUUACCUGGUGUCAGGGGAAUGGCACAUGGCUGGUCCCGCUUACCUAUCAAGUCGGACUGUGAAGGAUGGGCUAAGUAAUGAUGCAGCUCAUUGGCCAGACCCAGUUCUGCAUCCCUGCACAAAAGGAAAAGGGCUUGAGAAGCAGGAUGCGGAAAGGAAUCUCAGACAUCAUAUCUUAUUUCCCCUACAUGUUGUGAUGUAUCCUCACUGGAGCUGAACAAAACCUGUCUCCAAAAAUUUCCCACACCAUUUGUGGAUCGUCAAAUGCAUGCGCCAAGUAGGGGCAGGGGGAGAGAAUUUGUCAAAUAUGGCAGGGAAUCCAACAGUUUUUUUCUCAGAAGAUUCUCUCCUGAGAUAUUUUGUGUCACUUAAUUUGCAAUCACACUCAUACCUUUAGCUCAUAUUGGUGGGUGAAGGAAACCAUGGGCUAAGAGAGCAGUGGAAGGAGUAGGGGCUAAGCCUAUGGCUUUCUUGAACAAUAUUGAAAUCCUAUUAUACCAUAUCAAAACUUGAUUUACAGUUGAGUACAAAAUUCAUAGAUGGCAAAAUUGGGUGGGUGUCUCUGAAUAGUCUCAUGGAGAAGACUGAAAUUCCCCCAACAGUUCAAGGUAAAGGUAAAGGGACCCCUGACCAUUAGGUCCAGUCACGGACGACUCUGGGGUUGCAGCGCUCAUCUCACUUUAUUGGCCGAGGGAGCUGGCAUACAACGUACGGCGUCCAUGUGGCCAGCAUGACAAAGCUGCUUCUGGAGAACCAGAGCAGCACACGGAAACGCUGUUUACCUUCCCGCCAGAGCGGUACCUAUUUAUCUACUUGCACCUUGACGUGCUUUCGAACUGCUAGGUUGGCAGGAGCAGGGACCGAGCAAUGGGAGCUCACCCUGUUGCGGAGAUUUGAACCACCAACCUUCUGAUUGGCAAGCCCCUGAACGCAUAAUUCCUCAGCCCUAGCCCCCCCUUCAACCAAACUGCAGUAGGGACUUUAUUAUGCAAUCUGGGGAGUCACAGGUGCAUUUGGGGUAUAUGUAUUCAGAACAGUGAAAAACAGUUUCCUACCCUCCAGAAAAUUUCUUCUCUUUGCUAUAAAGAUCUGACAUUGAGUCCAAAAUCUGAUAACUCUUUUGCUAUAUAUGGUGAAUAUUUGCUAGAGUGGGAAAGGACCACAGACCCAUCUCCCUGACCCUAUCCCCACUUUCAGAACACGUUAAACUGUGAGUGCAGAUGUUGCCGGACUCCAACUCCCACCAUCCCCCUGGCUAUAACCCAUGAUGGCUAUGCCUAUGGGUGAUGGGAGUAGGAGUGCAACAGCAUGUAGAAGAUUACUAAUUGGCCUGUGUUCAGGCCUUGAGCAAGUCACUUCCUUCCCUCAUUGAACCUAUUCACAGCCUUGAUGAACUGCUGCUUAACUACCCUCAACACUGGCCGUAGGGGCUUCUGAGCAUGCUCAGUUCUCAGGGGGCUUAAGUAAAUAAGAGCCAACAUAAUGAAACAUAAGACAUAUCAAGCAACCUGUCUUCCCCACAAUGGCCAGCCAGAUGUGUAUUGGAAGCCCACAAACAGGACAUGAGGGCAAAAGACCUUUGCUAUUUACUAAUUACUCUUCUAGCUUGCCCUAUGAAGCACUUAAUCUGAAGAAAACCAGUGUAAACAAGCAAAAUGCAUCCAAGUGUGUGUCUGGGCUGGAUUGUAAACAGAGAUAAAACUGAAUCUGCAAGCCUUUGUGCUCCUGCAAAAGAGGAAUGUGGGUUAUGAAUGUUUGCAGAAGGAAAUGAAGAGUGAACUUCAUUUUAAAUUAUGAGAAAGGAUCUCACUUGGGGGGGACAAGAGGGGAACUUCCAUUUUUUUUGUUCAGAGUGCAACAAAACAAAUGGUUCUGUGUAAGAGUGGAGACCAAACUGAGCAUCAGUGGGCAGGAAAGUCACUGAAGAAUAGUGAUAUCCAAGGUUUUAUCUGUGCCACGUAGCAGAUUUCAUAUUGCCAAAAUAGAGCGGUAUUCAUUAUUAAAGGAAUAGUGUCAUUCCUAUAAUCAAAAUAUGGGCCUCUCUUUUUCACUGCCUUCUUUUACGGGGUUUGCUGUGGGUAUCUGACCUCACAGGCACACAAAGAAUAUUUCCCUUCUUUGAUCUUUAUCUUUGAACUUGAGCUAUGAGUCAUACUUGGAGCGACUGGUAUACUGCAGAUUAAAUGCCAUAGCCCAUUCCUCUCCACUAUUUAAAAGUAUCUGCUUGGGUGCUGGCUAUCAUGUACUAUGAUUUAUGAUCCCUCCAUCCCCCAAAUUGUGAGUGUGUAUGAGAUAUCUGAACUUUGUGUUUCCAAAUUUUCUAAUCAGAUUCCCCCCCCACACACAGUAAAAUAAAAAUGUAUUUCACUGAAUUCUCCUUUUUGAUUAUGACUUUAAAUGUUGCAAUAAUUGAAAAUGUAAAGCAGGGUCUCUAGCAAUCUCCAUCUGGGGAUUAUUGACUGCUAACAUGAGUGGAAGGAGGUCUUGUGUGAGGGAAUUUCUGAUGCCUUCCUUCCCGCAUUCUGGGGGUCAAAAUAUUGACUGAACAAGUACUGUACUGGCCUGAAUAUAAGCCACACUCGAAUAUAAGCCGCAACUUUAAAAUUGGAGGGGAGAAAAGAAAAAAGAAAAAAAACCUGAAUAUAAGCCGCUCCAUUCCUCAUUGCAUACUGGGCAGGGGGAGUCGCACUGUGUUGCCGGCAGCCAUUCCCCUUCCUCGCUCUCUCCCUUCCUGGCCUUGGGGGAGAGGACGGGGGACUACACAUGGGACGGGCACCACUUUGCCACAGUCCUGGCGCUGUCUGCCCCGCACUCCUGGCUGCAUACCAUAAGGUCAUGAAUAUAAGCCACACUUUAACUUUUCAUGGUCGGAAUUUGGGGAGAAAGUGAGGCUUUUUCAGGCCAAUACGGUAUUCCUCAAACAGUGGCCCACGACUCACCAGUGGGCCUCAAUGCCCUGCCCGCUACAAUACCUGUGCCAUAACCUUUCAUUUGGGCCAAUGCCAACACCAGCACCUCCAUGCAUGCUGACUAAAACUGCCCAGGAGACAGAGAUUUUGUGGGAGUAGAUGAGGAAAGGUCACAGGAGGCACUAAAGGUAAUUGGAAAGUACAAUAAUCUUUAUUGUCAUUGUCCCAUACAGAACAAUGAAAUUGAAAAGUGAGAUAAAAAGCUAAUAUUUAUUGAUAAUAAUUAAUAAUGCAUAAAUAAAUAACUGGGAAUAGAAAGUGCAAGGAUAAGAAGGGGGAUCUGUCAUAGGAGUAAGAAGCGAAUUUCAAAAGACCAGCAAUGAGGGACUGUAGGGUCUGAUGGGAAGGUGGAAUUAGCUGCAAGCUGAGUGUAAAAGGAGAAUGGAAUAAAAAUAUAGAGCUGUGCAAAAAUUAUUUGAGAGGCAUGGGGAAGGGGAAAAUAUAUUUUAAAAAAUGUAUUCACCACUAAAAGCUGAGCCACAAUAUCUCCAGAGCAAAUGUCUUGACUUAGCUUGUGGGAUGAUGAGUGAUGGAGCUCCUCACCACGGGGGAAACACUGUGAGGAAGAAUUUAGCAAUUUCUGAAAAUGGAUUAGAUAUCAGCAGAAGGUGACAUCAGUAAUUGCCAGCUGAUUAUACCAAACUUUGCCUCCAUCCGCCACGUUUUCCAUAACUGGUGCUGCCCCUGCACUGCCAUUUUGUGACUGGUGAGCCUCCACACAAUUUUCAGUCAUCUCAAGUGAGACCUGGGGGUACAAAGACUGAGAGGCCCUGAGCUGAAGAGUGAGGUGGUACCCAGAGGUUGCUGCUGGAGGAAAUACAAACACUUUCCGAGCAAUACUUUGCCCUGCAGAAUUCAUGUGAGAAUUAUGUCAGCUUCUAUCUGCAUAACCCUUUCCUUUCUUUUCUUUAGCAAAUGACGGACUGUUGGAAGAGUGGGGUGGAAUGUAGGAAACCCAAUAGAUAACUUCCCCUCUUCAUUUUUCCCCCAGAUUCCACUUCAGGAGUCUCUCAAGCCAGCAUCUUUUUCAAGACUAUGUCUCAUUUUCUCUACAUGCAGUUUAUAAGAAUGAGUAUAAGAAUGAGUAGCCACAGAAGGAUAAUUUUUAUUCAUCACCUCAUGGUAAGAUUUCCAUGCAAAACAAAAACCCAAAACAAAUAUGCAAACUUGCCGUAAUAUGUCAUCCUUACAUAUGAGGUAAGAGGAAUUUGUUAUUAUGGUUGUUCAGCUGCCUGAAAAAAUAUUGCACCCUUUCCAGAGAUUUGGAUAAAUGCUCAAUAGCCAUUUGACGUUACCACAUGUAGCUGUGUUAUUGUGGCAGUUGUGUGUGUGUGUGUGUGUGUGUGUGUGUGUGUUUUGCACUGGCUUAUCCGGUCAUGAAAAAUACCUCUCUCUCUCUCUCUCUCUCUCUCUCACACACACACACACACACACACACUGUAAAUCAUUAAAAAUUGCAUUCUUCUAAGAUAGUCCUCUAUUUUGAAAUCCAGUUUUUGGCACCUCUUUGUUUUUAUACCAGCUGUGGUGUUUCAUCUCCAGAGGCACACGGAUGACAUCUGAACAUCCAGCACUAUUGUGCUUAGAGACUCCACAAACAACCCCACCAAAUCCUGUAUGAUAAAUUUCCCCCUGAUUAGUUAAACAGAUACUGCAAUGCGCCAACAGAAGGAGGCGUUGUUGACACAGCAUCUCCUGAGACUCUGGCUAUGUUUUCUUUGAGUUCUUCAGCAUUCAGCCCUUGGAGCAGCGAGAAGACUGGGUGGCGGGGGGAGGAAUCAGUUCGCAUUAUUCAUUCCCAGUGAUUUCUUUCUUUCUUGAUUUCUUCCUUUCUUUUGGUUUUCAUUAUAGUGCCAGAUAAAAUCCUAUCAUGUGGAACUGAGGCCGAGAGCAGGCCUUUGAAGAGCAGAAUAUGAAAAUAUUGUUUGAUCCAAUCACAAUACGCUUUUUAAGAGUCUAAUCCAUAAAGUCAGUUCUCUGUAUUAAGGAUGAAAGAAACAAACAGUGGUAUGCAGUGUUUUGUGAGUGUGUGUUUUGAAAGGUAUUUUUAGCUCUUGGUUUCUCCAUCACCACCUCACCAAGGAUACGGAAGAGUACCUAAUUGUACCUAGUACCUUGUCAUUGUGUGGAAGAGGAAUGGUAAGAUGGAUAGGAAAAGGGGGAAAGGAGGACGGCUGAAAGAGGAAAAUGUUAUGUACUGAAGUUCUCACCCUGGGCCAGCAGGGGGAUACUGUAGAUAGCUUUCACUCAGGUCCACAUAUGCAAAUAAGGGAUUGAAAGUGACGUUCAGUGAUUGGAUAGUUACAGAAAAUGGUUACAGUUGCGUUCUAGUGGAGCUCUAUAUAAGCAGGCUGGCUGAACCCUUCAGUUCAGUUCUGUUCUGGCCUGUGAAUAAACAAGAGCUGUUUGAAGAAUCGCUGUGUCGUCUGAUAUGUUCACCCACAACUUAACAGAAAAAAUGGGUGGCCCUGCUUUCUGCUAGCAUGCAGCCUCUGAAAGGUCACCCCAACAGGGACCGCAGCCCUCAAAAGAAAAGAGGCUUCCCAGCCCUGUAGAGUUUGAGGCAGAGGUCCUUCCAAGGGCUGCUUAAUUGCUGGACAUUCAGCCUGGGGCUAUAUGCACACUAUCUUGAAGUCCCUUACACUCGGUCCUUUGAAUUACUCAAAAAUAAGUCCCACUGAGUCCAAUGAGGCUUGCUCAUCAAGUCUCAGGUAAGUAUUAUAAGACUACAGCCUGAGUCCUUAGAGGGAGAGGCUUGAAGGCUGCAGCCAAAGUUAAAAUUGUCUGACUGUGGGAGUGACCUUGGACUCUUUGAGUGUUAUGGCAAAUGGGAAAGAGAAAGUAGAUUUAUCAACAACGCGAUCUGGGAAGCCUUGGCAGCGAAGAGCGUCAGCAUCUGGUCCUUCUGCACCAUCUGCAGCUGUGCCAACUCAAUCUAAACAAAGAGGAAUGUCUUCUGAAGAGGCUCUAGCUGCGGUGCUGGGCAAAAUAAAUGAAUCUUUGGAAAAACUCAGCAGGAAAGUAGAUGAGACAAAUAUAAAAGUUGAUGCAUCUAAUGCGAAGGUGGAUGCCGCAAAUGCCAAAAUUGAUAUUAAUACAGAAAGCAUAAAUAGUCUGGGACAAAAGGUGAAUAUUAAUAUAGAAGCAAUACAGAAAUUGAUACAGGAGUCUGCCUCGACCCGUCAAAUUGCAGAGGAAGCAAAGGGAAAAGUGGAAGCUGUGGAAGCCAAAGUAACACAGUUGGAAACAAAGAGAGUUCCAGAUAUUCAGAGACAGGUUGAAGAUCACAGGCUGAUUCUUUCUAUGGUUGAGCUUAGGGAAAAACAGACGAACUUGAGGAUCAGAGGUGUACCUGAACUGGAGAAAAAUACUUUGAUAGAAUUUCUUACGCAGGAAUUUGCAGAGUUUUGGAAGUUGGACUUGGAACAAGAAGGAGUGAAAAUCGUGAGUGCCUUCAGGCUUGGAAGAGGAGGGAAGAAGAAUAGAGUAAGAGAUUGUUUGAUUACCCUUCGAUCCAAAGAGGAGAGAGAUAAAAUUUUGGGCUGGCACUUUCAGAAGCCCUUGGGAAUAUUGCAGUCAAGAGUGGAAAUAUUUAAAGAUAUCCCAAAAUAUCUUUUGGACCUUAGGGCCAAUUACGGAGAUUUGGUUGCUCUGCUGAGAAGGAACAGUAUCAUCUUUAGGUGGGAAUUUCCUCAAGGCCUAUCUUUCAGCUUUAAAGGAAGAAAAAUAAAACUAAGAUCAGUUGAAGAUAAAGAUAAAUUUUUGAGUACCCAUGAAGAGGACCUACAGAAGGGACUUGGAAAAGAACCAGGACAGAAGAUCACCAGACAGAGUACUAGAGCAAGGAGUACUGGACAAAAGAUCACCUAUAUUGGACUUAGCAAAAGUUAAAUUUUGGAUUGGACUUCCCAGCGAAAGGGAUACCAGCACCACUGUCAGAACAAGAAGAAGCACUGGGUGCAGUUGGAGGUGACUUAAAGUAAUUACAUUAUGGCACUGCAAAUACUAAGCUGGAAUAUUAAUGGGAUGAACUCCCCCAAGAGGAGACGAAGAGUCUUUCAUGUAUUAAAAAAGGAACAAUUGGACUUGAUUUGCUUACAAGAAACACAUGUGAUAAGGCUACAUAGGAAACUACUGGUAAAUAAAAGAUUGGGACAAGAAUUUAUUUCAUCAGACAAAGUAAAAAAAAGAGGAGUAGUACUAUAUGCAAAGGAGAGCCUAUCACCGAAAUUUCUUUUUAAAGAUGAUCAAGGAAGAUUUGUAGCAAUUGAAAUCCAAUUGCAAGGAGAGAAGUUUUUGAUAUUAGGUAUUUAUGCACCAAACGAGGGAAAAUCGGAAUUCUUUAAGAAGCUACAUGAGACUCUGAUGGACUAUAUGGAUUAUAAUAUGAUCUUGAUGGGAGAUAUGAAUGGUGUAGUGUCUACAAAUAUGGAUAAAGCACAGAGACAGGUAGUUACUAAGGAUGGCAGAUUGCCAAAGACUUUCUUUGAUAUGACUGACAAUAUGGACUUAGCUGACAUUUGGAGAAUUAAAAACCCUUUGGGAAGAGAGGGAACCUUCUUCUCUGAGGCCAAAAUGACAUGGACAAGAAUUGACCAAAUUUGGGUUACUAGAGGAUUGGCCCCAAAAACUAGAAAGGUGGAAAUAUGCCCGAAAACUUGCUCUGACCAUAAUGCUGUAAAGAUGGAAUUGAAACUAACACCAACUGGCUCCUUCAGAUGGAGGAUGAAUGAUACAUUGUUUAGGAACGAAGAAGUGACUAAGAAGGCCCAAAAAAACUCUGAGAGACUAUUUUGAGAUAAAUAUGAACACCACUGUAGAAAAAAGAGUAAUCUGGGACGCAAGCAAAGCGGUUAUGAGAGGGUUCUUGAUACAACAGAAUGCGAUUCAAAAGAGAGUCCAAAAUGAGAAAAAAGAUAAAAUAUUGGAGAGAAUAAAGGAAGGAGAGAAGAAACUGAGAGUGAAACCAAAGUCGCAGGAGAUUUUGAAAGAGAUAAAGUUAUACCAAGUACAAUAUAUGAAAAUGAUGAACCAGGAAAUAGAAUGGAAAAUUAAACAGAUGAGACAAAAGACAUUUGAAUCGGCAAAUAAAUGUGGGAAACUGCUGGCUUGGCAAAUGAAAAAAAGACAAAAACUUAACACUAUCACAAAUUUGGAAGUAGAAGGGAAAAAUAUACAGAAUCCAGUGGAGAUUAGAAAGUGCUUUCAGAGGUAUUUUAAACAACUAUAUACACAGGAAACUCAGAAACAAAUGGACAUUGAUUGUUUUUUGAAAACAAAUGGAUUACAAAAAAUCUCUCAAGAAAAUAAGCUAAUGUUGAACUACAAAAUAACGGAGCAAGAGAUAGAAGGGGCCAUCCAGAAUAUGCAAUUGGGUAAAUCUCCAGGUCCGGACGGACUGACUUCAAGAUACUAUAGAUCCUUGAAAGAAUGGAUAAUACAGCCAUUAAAAGAAGUCUGUAAUGGAAUAUUGGAAGGGAAAAGGAAGGAGUCGUGGAAGGAAGCUUACAUCACACUUAUACCGAAAGUAGAGUCUGAGAAGACACAGCUUAAGAAUUACCGCCCCAUAUCUUUGCUUAAUGUGGAUUAUAAAAUUUUUGCAGAUAUUUUGGCUAAAAGACUAAAAAAGGUACUAGUAGAAGAAAUCCAUAAAGACCAAGCUGGCUUUCUCCCGGGCAGACACUUGUCUGACAACACGAGGAAUAUAAUUAAUAUUUUAGAAAAGUUACAAGUGAAUAUCAAUACUAAAGCAGUUUUGAUAUUUGUGGACGCGGAGAAAGCCUUUGACAAUAUUUAUUGGAGUUUUAUGAAGAAAAACCUACAGGGGAUGGGAGUUGGUCAAGGUUUUGAAAAUGGUAUAGGUGCAAUUUAUUCAGAACAAAAGGCUAAAUUAAUUGUGAACAAUGUAGUGACGGAAGAAUUUAAGAUAGAGAAAGGAACACGACAAGGUUGCCCAAUCUCUCCAUUGCUUUUUAUAUCGGUCCUGGAAGUUCUUUUAAAUAUGAUUAGGAGGGACCAAACAGUUAAAGGUAUACAAGUGGGAGCAAAACAGUACAAACUGAAAGCAUUUGCUGAUGAUUUGGUAUUGACAUUACAGGAGCCAGAAUCUAGUACCAAAAGAGUACUGGAACUGAUCCAAGAAUUUGGACAAGUAGCGGGAUUUAAGUUGAAUAAGAUGAAAACUAAAGUUUUAGAGAAAAAUUUAACAGUGACGGAGAGAGAAAGGUUUCAGAAGGAGACAGGAUUAACAUUGGUUAAGAAAGUGAAAUACCUAGGGGUUAACAUGACUGCUAAAAAUGUGAAUCUGUUUAAGGAUAACUAUGAAAAAUGUUGGACGGAAGUGAAAAAGGAUCUAGAAAUAUGGUCAAAUUUGAAGUUAUCAUUGCUAGGCCGAAUUGCUGUGAUAAAGAUGAAUGUAUUGCCAAGGAUGUUGUUUUUGUUACAAACAUUGCAAAUACUAGACAAAAUGGAGUGUUUCAAGAAGUGGCAUAGAGAUAUCUUUAGAUUUGUCUGGCAGGGCAAGAAACCCCAAAUAAAAUGUAAGAUAUUAACUGAUGCUAAGGAAAGAGGUGGAUUUGCCCUGCCAGACUUAAAACUUUAUUAUGAAUCAGCCGCUUUUUGCUGGUUGAGAGAAUGGAUGCUUCUUGAGAACACUGAUAUGUUGGAUUUAGAAGGUUUUAAUAAUGUCUUUGGGUGGCAUGCAUAUCUAUGGUAUGAUAAGGUCAAAGCACAUAAAGCAUUUUAAAACCAUAUUGUCAGAAAAGCACUGCUUAAUGUUUGGAUAAGAUAUAAGGAUUUGCUUGAGAAUAAAACCCCAAGAUGGCUGUCACCAAUGGAAGUGAAGGCUCAGAAAAAGCUCAAUAUGGAGUCUAAAUGGCCGAAAUAUUGGGAAAUUUUGGAACAAGAGGGAGACAGAAUAAAAGUGCAGAGUUUUGAAAAAUUAAAAAAUAGAGUGCGAGAUUGGCUUCAUUAUUAUCAGAUAAUGGAGGCAUAUAAUCUGGAUUAAAAAAUUGGCUUCCAGGUGGAAAAAUCAAAUUGGAAACAGAACUGUUAGACCCCAAAACUAAGAAUUUGUCAAGAAUGUAUAAUUUGCUGUUGAAAUGGAACACUCAAGAUGAAACGGUGAAAUCUGUUAUGAUUAAAUGGGCACAAGAUGUUGGACAUAACAUUAUGAUGGCUGACUGGGAACAAUUAUGGACCACAGGUAUGAAGUUCACGGCAUGUAAUGCCUUAAGAGAGAAUAUAAUGAAAAUGAUAUACAGGUGGUACAUGACACCAGUCAAGCUUGUGAAAAUCUAUCAUUUGCCCGAUAAUAAAUGCUGGAAAUGUAAAGAGACAGAAGGUACAUUCUUUCACCUUUGGUGGACAUGCCCAAGGAUUAAGGCUUUCUGGGAGAUGAUCUAUAAGGAAAUGAAAAAGGUAUUUAAAUAUACCUUUCUGAAGAAACCAGAGGCCUUUCUCCAGGGCAUGGUCGGCCAAUUGGUGCCAAAGAGGGACAGAACUUUCUUUAUGUAUGCCACAACAGCAGCAAGAAUACUUAUUGCAAAGUAUUGGAAGACACAAGAUCUACCCACUCUGGAAGAAUGGCAGAUGAAGUUGAUAGACUAUAUGGAACUGGCGGAAAUGACUGGCAGAAUCCGAGACCAGGGAGAAGAGUCGGUGGAGGAAGAUUGGAAGAAAUUUAAAGACUAUUUACAGAAACAUUGUAAAAUUAAUGAAUGUUAGAAUGAUGUUGGAAUGAAUCUAUGUGAUUUUAGCAAAAAUGUAUCAAAGAUUUAAGAAAAAUAGACUGUUAAUUGGUGAAAAGAGGGAAAGUAAACUUAUAGUAAGAUCAAGAUAAAUUUUCAGGAUAAGAAUUUUGAAGAGAGGGAAAGGAUUUGCUGAAAUGGAUAAUUGACUUAGAAUACAAAAAAGGGAGGUGUGAGGAGGUCAGGGAAACAAGCAUAUGAAAGAUAAGUUAUGGGAAGGCUCGAUUUGUCUUCUCUUUUUUUGUAUGUUGUUUUUAAGUGUUCUUAUUUCCUUGUUUUUUAUUGUGAUGUGUUGUUUUACUAAUGUCUAAUCUGGUGGUUUUUUUGCUUUCUGUUUUCUUUUGCCUUUUUGUAAACUUAAAAUCUUAAUAAAUACUAUUUUUUAAAAAAAACAAAGUUAAAUUUCUGAAUUACUCUGGAGCAUGACAUCCAGGCCUACACAGUGAUUUAUUUGAAAGUACUAGUUAGGUCUUUGCACAGAUUGGUAGAUUGCGGUCACUUUAGUUUUCUUGUUGUUGUUGUAUAAGCUACUAGAUACUAUGACAACAUACAUGGGAACAUCCUGGUUCUUGGUCAAGGCUGUUGGAUCAGCUUUCCCAGUGUAAAGGGAUAAUUGUGCGUCUCUCCUUCUUCUCUGUCCACACUGUAUCUCCACAAUACACAAGACACACCCAUUCCAAUGGUGGUUUGAUGAGCGGUUUCCAAAAGGAAACAAAUGAAGUAUGGGUGUAGUUAAUCACUGUGGCUUUCCCGUCUAUGUAUAUGCAAUACAGACCUUUUGGAUCCAUUUCCAACAGAGAAUGGACAUACGGCCGAUUGACGGCAAUUUACAAAGGGGUGUCAGUGAACGACAUACUAAAUUACCUUGUAGGGUAAUGUUUUUUCCAUGCUGUGUAGGAAGACUUUUUUGUUUGUUUUGUUUGUUUCCUAGCUAGCUAACCAACCGACCGACCAGAACUAAACAGCUCAAAAGACACAGACCCCUGCCAUGUCAUUUAAAGUUUUGAUUACCAUGCAAUAAUAAAUAAGAAACACAGUGUUUUAUCCCUCCAGUUACUUGAAUUAAAGAAUGCAGCAGCCCUGCUGCUACAAAGGCACACCUAGUUCGGCAUUCUGUCGUCACACUGGCUCACUAGAUGGGAAACUCACAAGAAGGAUAUAAGCACAAUAGCAAAUAAGUGCAAUAGUUUCUGAUACUGGUGGGCAUCUAUAAACCAUCAUUGCUAGGGGCCAUUAAUAUGCUUAUCCUCUGUGAAUGGGCCAGUAACCCCUUUAAAGUCAUUCACGUUGGUGGCACUGCGUACAUCCCUAUGCCUCAAUCAUCGCUACACCUUGUGCCAGACAAUUCCACAGCUGUGUUUUGUGCGACAUCGGUGCCAUUCAUUAAAGUGAAAUCUUUCUGGAUGGGAGAGCACACAGCAACCAAAAAGGAACACCAGAUCAGUGCAUUAGUUACAUGGUUGUUGUUUUUUUAAAAUCAUUUAGGCCCAUAUUGGAUUUUUUUAAAAGUAUGCCCUUGACUGUAAAGUUUGUAUGUGUCAAACUGGUAUUUGAAAACACAUACUUCACACAAGCACACUUCUCGGGGAGCCUGUUGAAUGAGCAUUUGCUGGCAAACGGAGGUUUUUAAUUUAAUUUAAUUUAAUUUUAAAACGUGCUGCCUUUCAGAGCCAAAAGCCUUGCUAAGACAGCUAACGUAAUAUACAAAGCUAUAAAACACAAUUUCAAUAAAAUGCCAUAUAUUGAAAACAAUGGUUAGCAAAAUCACAAGCAAGUCCUAAAAUAAAUUAAACCAGGGAGUGGGAGACUUUCUUCAGUGUGCUAAGGGCUGUAUUCUCUCAUAGGUUCACCUGCCCGUGGGCCAGAGGCAAAAGCAACUGAGGUAACGAUUACCUUUUCUACGGAAGUCUACAUUCUAGAUACACAAAAAGAUCUACCGGUAUAUGAGAAUCCAUAUCUAAAUCAAUACUUAAAUUACAAAAUACUUCUAUAGAUAUGUAUAUUAUCACCAUGUGUGUGUUUAUAAAGGUAUUUCAUCCUGAAAUAUGCACCUGUUCACACAUUUUUGUACAUUUUUUGUUCAGAGAACUGUAUCGCAAAUUUCAGAUAAGUGUGAAAUCUAAAGGAUAAUUAUGUUCUGAUCUGUGUAUAAGUCCAAUAGGUAUGAUUUAGGUGAGUUCUCUUAAAACUGAGGACCAAACUAAAUCAUCCUCCAUCUUAACACAUAGCCGUUGCAAUUCCCACAUUCAGUGUGGAGCUUUGUUGACCUAGCAACUUGUUAGGAAAGGGGCUUUUGUUAUUAUUUAAAAAAUCCUCACAAUUCAGCUUUGAGUAUGCUAUCUUUCUAAAGGAAUGUUGCCUAGUUUGCCUUCUUUGCCAUCAAACAGAUGGUUCUUGUAGGAAUCCUUACUUAUCUCCCACUUAGUCAUUGGCAAGAUGGACUUCUUGUUCCAGGAAACCUUUUUCCAUCCAUGUAUCUAUGGAUGCAAUUAUGGGCCCUGGAAAGCUAUUUGUUUUCAGGGAGGGCUGCCACCCCAACAACUGGUUCUAAGACAGGCAGUUUCGGAAAUACCACAACUUUCUCAAGUUGUCCACAUGGCCAUAUCUUUUGUUGUGUGUCUUCCAGCAUUGGCUCAUAAACUGGUAUAACAAUUGUUGGUUUCCUGUUUUCUUUAGUCCAAGACUAUGAAACCUCAAGCUGGAUAAAAGGCUAAUGUGAGGCACAGACUGGACCCUUUGUAUACCUUGGUAGCCUAUCCAAAGUAUAACAUUUUGUUAAGAUCUGACUGAUUCCUGGUAUGGAGUAAUAAGUCAAUGUUUCUCCUUCUAAUAGAAAUAAUUGGAAACUGAGUAGAAGUCAUAUAGGAGAAUUGUGAAAUGUAUAAGACUAAGAAUGCUGGCAAUAUUGAGGUAUGCAUGUUAGGGGCAAUGUGAAUUGUAUGGUUAAUGUGCAUAACAAGCACUCAUCAUAUAUCAUAACCAUUGUGUACAUCAUCUCCCAGGAGAAGGAAAAUAUCCACAUUCUCUGGAAAGUAUACACAUUCUCUAGCUUGGGAAACUACAAUUUUGUUUAUUCUCUGGAUAAUAUGCAUAUUCUGUGGUAAAUGUGUCUACUCUCCUAAGAAACAUGUUCUUAAUCUAGUCUAGAAGCAGUCAACCAGAGGUGAUGAAUGUGCAUCAACAGCCACUUCUUAUGCACAUUAAUGGCUUAACUCACUUUAUUCCUACACAUAUAUACUGAUCAAUUACACAGUUUUUCAUCAGUGCAUAUAUCAGUUUGAGCAUGCCUAUUUUGUUGUUUAGUCGUUUAGUCGUGUCCAUCUCUUCGUGACCCCAUAGACCAGAGCAUGCCAAGCACUCCUGUCUUUCACUGCCUCCCGCAGUUUGGUCAAACUCAUGUUGGUAGCUUCAAGAACACUGUCCAACCAUCUUGUCCUCUGCCAUCCCCUUCUUCUUCUGCCCUCAAUGUUUCCCAGCAUCAGGGUCUUCUCCAGGGAGUCUUCUCUUCUCAUGAGGUGGCCAAAGUAUUGGAGCCUCAGCUUCAGGAUCUGUCCUUCCAGUGAGCACUCAGGGCUGAUUUCCUUCAGAAUGGAGAGGUUUGAUCUUCUUGCAGUCCAUGGGACUCUCAAGUCUCCUCCAGCACUAGAAUUCAAAAGCAUCAAUUCUUUGGCGAUCAGCCUUCAUUAUGGUCCAGCUCUCACUUCCAUACAUCACUACUGGGAAAACCAUAGCUUUAACUAUACGGAGCUUUGUCGGCAAGGUGAUCACUGCCUUGCCGUGGUGAAGGGGCUUGAAUAACUCAGAGAAGCUAUGAGCUAUUUCAUGCAGGGCCACCCAAGACGGACAGGUCAUAGCUGAGAGUUUAGACUAAAUGUGAUCCACCUGGAGCAGGAACCAGCAAGCCACUCUAGUAUCCCUGCCAAGAAAACUCCAUGGACAAAAACAACAGGCAUGCCUAUCUACAUGAAGGCAAAAGUUUUAUUCACCUCUAGCUGUACCUUCCUCAUUUUAAAAAACAACCAACCCAUUAUUUUGAUCAAACUAUUCACCUUACCAGGGCCAGCCCAGGACAUUUUGCCACUACAGGCAAAACUGAAAAUGCUUUCCCCUUUGCCACCACCUCCAUUUCUACAUAUGCCUGCUGCCGAGGCUGCCUUGUCUGCACUAGUUUGUCCUCUUUGUUGCCGCCUCUGCCUUCCCCAGAUCUGCCGCCUGAGGCAACUUCCUCAUGUUGCCUCAUGGGUGGGCCGGCCUUACAUCUUGCUGAUGUUUAUUUCACCUUCUGGCGGGCAUAGCCUUUUCAUGGAGUAAUUUUGCAACAGUUUGAAAAGAUCUUUACCCAAUUAUUCCUUUAAAAAUUGUUAUUAUAGAAAAAUGUGUUAUUUAGGUUGUCCAAGUUUAUUUCUUUGUGGAAGAUAAAUGUAAUACAUAGACAUCUUUGAUUCAGUCAUAUCUGGCUCAGAAACACUGUGCUUAUUUGCUUUAUUUAGAUGGGAAGAUUACUCUGCUUCUUUUGUCACAGGGUGUGAUGAUGUUCACGGAACUGUAAUCUUUUUUGCUGCAUUCUGAAAAAUCAAACAAGAGGAAAACAAUUACAGAAUUUCCUGUGUUUAUUUGUGAUUCGCCCUCAUUUUCAAAGUGAUUAUAAGAUAAAAAAAAAAACCUCUAAACCCUUUAAGGAUUUUGAGAAUGUUUUGGUUAUGAACUUUCUGUGGGAAGUAAAGAUAUCUAUGAAGCCAAAUGCAUAGGCCAGAGGAAAUAUUUCUGUUUAUUUGGAUUAAUCAGCUGAUCAUUUUUCAGUUACCCAUUAUAAUGGAACCGAUAUGUAUAUAUUUGCCAAGAAAGAGAAUUUGCUCUUGAAAAAGCAAAUGUUGGAAUAUAUUCUAUAAACAAUCUGUAUGUUCUAAGCUAAAGUUACAUUUUAUAGGACAUUUUACUGCUCUUAAGUUGAUCUGCCAAGAAUCUCAGGUGCUUACGUCUGUGGAAAAAUAAGCUACUGUCUGUUGAAGUUUCAAUAAAACAGUCCAGAAAUUGGAUGUUAAAGAAAAACUGACAUAUAAAAUCAAUAUUAUGGUAAAAGACUCAAAGGAGUCCCCCUGCCGCCCGCAUCCACUUAUUACUUUUAUAUUUUGUACAUUAGAAAUCUAUACAAGUUUCUUUCUUUUCAAAUAUAUAUAGCCUAAUUUUAAGAGCUGCUAUUCCUCCAGAUAAGUGUGCAGGACUGAGUUCAGGUUCCACCAUGACUUUUAGAACUGACCGGGAACACUCUUUUAUGUGAACUAUUGAUAUACUAAAUCAGCUCCACCAAUCAGGUUCCCUAAACUCUGGAGACUCACCAAAGCCUGAGCCUGCCCAUAGUCCAGUAGUGAUGUAAGACAGCUUUAUUCAAACUGUACUUGGUUGCCCAAGGAUAAGUAGGGAUACAGCAGUAUAAUCAGCAUAUUGUUAGUAAUCCUUGGAGGCCAUAAGUCCCAUUAGUUAGCGAUGAAUCUAUGGACUAGCAUAAAUAUGCACAACAUGUUGUGUUGUACCAGCAUAGUAAGCUGACACUACUUUGCCCCUAACAGUCAAUGUGGCUGUAGAAGUGUGUCAGAAAUCCUUCAAUUUUCUCUCCAGAUUUUGGAGUUCUGAAUUACAUCGCUUUAUUUUCAGUGAAAUCAAUAAAGAAUAUGAGUGGUUAAAGUUCACAGAUAAUGAAUGA